UCUCACGUUGUGAUGGGUUGAAAUGUUAUUUACUUAUUUAUUUUUGUCUUAGUUUCUAAAAAAAGAUACCUUUAAAAUGUCUAAUCUGUUACAAAGUACGGCAUUUAACUAUAAAGAAAUAAUAAUCGAGGAAAUAGCCCUGGACGGACUCACAGGCACCAGUUGUAAACAAUUAUGGAAACACAUGGAGAAUCGAAUUUCUGCACCAGUUACGGACAAAAUGAAGGCUCGCUUCUGGCAGUUUAUAAGUAAUUGUAGCUGUAUAACGUUCUACAAAGUUCCAGAGCCUGCCCCGUGCAUAGAUAUAUUGGACAGGUUCAUGAUAGUUGAAGAACAUUCCGGACAUCUUUUAGACCCUGAAGAUUUCUUAGAUGGGCCUUAUGAAUACUGCCCAGUAGAAAACAAUUUUGGCUCCUGUCAUAAUUACAAUACCAGAAAGGAGAUCCGCAAAGACAAAAUACAAGCUUUAAGUUACGAGGAAGUUAUGACAGAAUAUGGUGACACUAUGGUCAUGGUAGCAAGUUCGGGACAAAGAUGGAAAGCGUUGUCACCGCACAUGCCAGAAACAGUACGAGCACAGUUGACUCCAGUACAUUACUGCAUUCUGGAGUUAGUUGGCAAAGGAAGAUACAAUGGACAAAUGACAGUGGGCAAAACAAAUUUAACAAAGAUUGUAAAGGAAUCCAAAUUACUCUUUUACAACAGAAAACACUUGCAGAGCCUCGGUUUGAUCAAUGUGACCACCUUGACCAUAAAAACACAAGACAAAGGAAUAAAAAGUAUAAUUCUCAGAUUGAAAAGAUUCCACAAGCCAACAAUAAUGUCUGUGCCGAAAGUCGGUAACCUUUUUAAAGUUAUAGAUUAUUUGAAGCAGCAGCCUGACUUCUGUGACAAAACAGAUGUGGUUAUAUCAAAAGGAUUUAUAACUCAACAGAAUAGCAGGAGAUUGCAGAAGACUAUUAAUGUUUUUAAAUUUGAUGAGAAAUUAGUGCAGCCAGACCCAAACACUAAAAAAGGAAAAGCUGGUAUUGCAGUCAAGAGACGGUUUAUAUCCCUCAUCGCAAAAAGUGAUGAGUCCUCACAGUCUGAAGAUGAAGAUAAUGUUGACUCACUCGAAUGUCAGUACAAGGUCGGUGUGGACUUGCUGCGUCAAGCGUAUGAAAGGCUGUUGGAGGCAGGACUAAAAGGGUUGACACAGAUCGAGCUGUCGCAACUCUUGGGAGUGGAGUUUUACACCAGUCGGUCCAUAUGUCGGAUAUUUAAAGCGAGGCAUAUCAUCAGAGAGUACCUGGAAGAUCGGGGGAAACAAAGGACUGCUAGGUAUUAUGCAAUUGCUGCAGCCACUUCCGAAAUGGACCAGAAAUACGAAGAAGAAAAGAAUAAACUCUUGAAAUACGUUAAAGAGACUAAACGUAAACUUGAAAAAACGUCCACAAAUGAUGUUUCCGAGCAGGAUGAGGAUGAGAUACCUCUUAAGAAGAUUAAACUGUCCAAAGAAGCUUCUAAUGAGGAAGCUUCAACAUCUACUAACAUUGAUAAUGAAGUCACUGAAAUCAAAGUAUUAGACGGCUUGGAAAAUCACAACAGUGAGUCAUUGUUGUGCUCGAAAAAGAAUCCCACUCUUAGACAGUUGAAGUUUGCUAAUGGACUACUCAAAAUUACCAGAGAGAAGCUUGCUGUGUCAGGCUAUCAGACAUUAAGCGGCCUCGUCGCUAAAGAAUCCGGAGAGCCACCAUUAGACACUAAAGCACUCAAAAUAUUUGUGCAAAAGUUAGUUACUGAUGGUCAGUUGAAACUCAUGAAAGUAAAGUGGCCGGCGGGUCCGCGUAAGCAUUCCAUUCUCAUCUGUGCUCCUCAUGUAAAAUGUACCGAUCCAAUCAUUAAACAAAUGCAGAAAGAGAUAGAGAUUAAGGCAUUCACUAAUAACAAGGUUAAAAAAGAAAUCAUAGAGCCAACUCACAGACCAAUCUCUCAGUACGCAUACCCCAGAUACAUGAAAAUUCAACUCUUACACGAGUUUCUGUUUGAACUAAUUUAUUGCAAUGAUGAAAAAAUUGAAUUUCACUUGCCACCUGGAUUCGCCUCUCUAGUUAAUGUCAUUCCUGAAAUCAGUAUAGAAUUCGCAAUAGGUAACAUUAGCAAUAGCGCUAUCACAGAAAUCACUCAUCUGAAGGUGGAACAUGAACAUCUGAAGUUAAAACUUCGAGACGCUCCCCCGGAGUUGUACAAAGUACUGCUGCAGUCCAAAAGUUUACAAUCUUCCAUCCGGACCAAUCUGAAGGUCCUGGCGAUGCUCGGCCUCAUACAGCUGGUGAUCCAACCGUCCUCCAACGCCGCCGAGGUCGGCGUGGUGCCCACGCUGUCGGCCUACUCCUUCUACCUCAACAGGACAGCCAAAGUAAUCGACACGACGGGCACGUGGCCGAGACUAAAUGCCGACAAGGAAGCCCUAGAAAAGACAUUUUACUUUGAAACGCUGGACGACGUCAAGAAUUACUGGAAUGAAGUUUACGAAAUCAGCACCCACACCACCAUAGAGUACGCAGACCGGGGGCGCAAAAAAUUAGAACCACCCGUGAGGAAAGUAGACGAAGUCCAGCUAUAUGACAACGGAGAGGUCUUCGGCGACGGCGCGGGCCCCUGCGGCUUCGACUCCUGCUUCUACAUGGAUCUUUCGCGUUUCUGGAAAGCAUUCUACAUCCGCAUCAUCAAAAAUAAACCGAUUAAAAAAUACGAGUCGAAACCGACUCGAAAGAAGAAAAUUGUUGAGAAGAAACCACCAAAGAAGAUUGUUAAAGUGAGAAAGAAGAGACGAGAGAAUAAACCUCGUGAUCAGCAAUUGCAUCCGAGAAUCAAAGUGCCACAAAGGAGGCCCGCCGACCCUGUGGUCAAGUGGAGUGCAUGGGAGGAUACGAUAAUAAACAUGUGUAAAGUUGCCAUAACGAUCCUGAGUCCUAUCGCGCAGCCUGGUUGCCUGAAAGUGCGCAAUACGGCUGCGAAAGAUCUUUUAUCCAUCUUUGAUACAAAAAAGAUUGCCAGUGUUUGCCACAGGAGGGCAAUGGCUCUAGAAGCUAACAUGACCCUUCAACACGAGAAGGAAUGCUUGUUAAACGAAUUGAGGCGACGUCGUGACCUGUUGGUGCAAUACGAAGGUUUAUUGAAGAGGCUCAGAAUCAAGCAUUGCACGAAUAUGACGAGGUUUGUUAACGCGGCACGGAUCCCGAUGUUCGAACUGGUGUGGCUUUUAAACCAACUGGUGAAUAAUAAAUAUCAUCUUAAAAGAGUGCCAUGCGUCGCCAUGGACAUCGACGAUUUCCAUAGAAAGUACAAAAUCUCGGCCACUACCGUCAACAAUCCGUGCAAUAUUUAUAGAGCGGGCGCUGACAAUCUCGCACUCACCAAGGUAAAAGAAACCAUUAUACUAUCGUUGAUGGGACAUUUGAACACCAGCCCUUCAAGCAUAAGUGGCAAGAUAGUUUACGCGAUUCUGAAAGAAUUUCCCGAGCGAUCAUUGAGAAUUGGCUUGGACCAAUUGCGGAAAAGCGGUGCGGUGGCCUGCGUGAACAAAGUACUGAACUACCACCUCCAUCGUUUGGAUAUCCAGAAUUCUGUGCAAGCGUCGUAUAAGAUAUCGGCGGCCUAUCAGCGAAGGUGGAUCAACAGACUGAACACGGAGUUUUCUGAUAUCUUAGCUGAAGUACUGGAGUCCAGCCUGCCCCAAAAUCAAAUAAAAGCCUCGCCUGAGAUCAACUGUAUGCUGUGCGAGUUUCAGUCUUGUGGGUUGCUGGAGAUAACUUCGGUCACCCUGCCCGUGAUCACGGGCCCGUCGGGCUCCAUAAUACACGAACAGCAGCUCAACGUGUUGGACAUUGAAAUGAAGUUCAAAUUGAAGUCGGGGAUUGUGGGGUGGAAGAAAACUGCUAAAUACGAUCGCUUCACCGAUUACUUCGACAUGCCUUUCGAAGAGCUGCCCAAUAUUAUGCACAGGCAAGGUAUAUUGCCGGAGACAAACAAGAAAGCAGACACAAAUGAUAACAUUGUAAGACACUUGAAGAACAAAGGUGAAGAAGGCGCGGUUUUAAGCGAAUUACUGGUUGAAGUUGAACAGGACAGCUCUGUCCUAACCAAGCGCCUGGAAGACCUACAAUCAAAGAACAUCAUAACGCAAGUGGGAUACUACGAGAACCGCGUAAUACUAACAGAAUUCGCCAAAACCUGGACGAUCCAACUAGGUGACCACCACGUGAUACCAACACCUUGGCGGACCUUGACUGGCGAAGUUCGUUACGACGUCUUCUUCAAAUGGGCGGGCGUCAUAGUUAAUAAAGUAUUCGAACUACCUGCGUGCAACAUAGCAUUCCUAUCUAGUUCCUACGAAUACCUCACCACCAGAUCUGUUCAAGAAAUUUGUACAUUCUUAGAAAAAUGCCGAUGUGUCGAACUUAAAGUGCUAAGGACUCCUGAACUUGAUUUGUUCACGAAAGACGAGCCUUCAGAAUUUACCGAUUACAACCCGUUCGAAGCGCCUGAAGAUAUUUAUGUGUAUCCAGUGAAGGACUCCUUGACGAGAUAUGCGUUUGUUCGAAAAACAUUUUUAUCAAACCAACCUAGAGAAGUAAAAGAAAUGAAAAUGACAGACAGUGAAGGCACCAGUGGUAGUUUAAAGUGUUAUUUAAGAUGAAAUAUCUAUAAGUAAUUCAUGACUGUUAUUAAGUUCUAAAUUUAAAUAUAUAGACACUCAAGUGGUUU